ACCUCCACACUGCCGCUGUCGCAGGGCCUUCUUGCCGUCAUGAAGGACGUUCCUGGCUUCUUACAGCAGAGCCAGAGCUCCGGGCCCGGCCAGGCCGCCGUGUGGCACCGCCUGGAGGAGCUCUACACGAAGAAGUUGUGGCAUCAGCUGACACUCCAGGUGCUUGAUUUUGUGCAGGACCCAUGCUUUGCCCAAGGAGAUGGCCUCAUUAAGAUUGAAAGACAUCCUGUAAUUACUCUACGUGUUUUGGUUCCACAGCUUUAUGAAAACUUCAUCAGUGAAUUUGAACACAGGGUGAAUCCUUUGUCCCUGGUAGAAAUCAUUCUUCAUGUAGUUAGACAGAUGACUGAUCCUAAUGUGGCUCUUACUUUUCUGGAAAAGACUCGCGAAAAGGUGAAAAGUAGUGACGAGGCAGUGAUCCUGUGUAAAACUGCGAUUGGAGCUCUAAAAUUAAACAUUGGGGACCUACAGGUCACAAAGGAAACAAUUGAAGAUGUUGAAGAGAUGCUCAACAACCUCCCUGGUGUGACAUCAGUUCACAGUCGUUUCUACGACCUCUCCAGUAAAUACUAUCAAACAGUCGGAAACCACGCGGCCUACUACAAAGAUGCCCUGCGGUUUCUGGGCUGUGUCGACAUCAAGGAUCUGCCAGUGUCUGAGCAGCAGGAGAGAGCGUUCACGCUGGGACUAGCAGGACUUCUUGGCGAGGGAGUUUUUAACUUUGGAGAACUCCUCAUGCACCCCGUGCUGGAAUCACUGAGGAGCACCGACCGGCAGUGGCUGAUUGACACCCUUUAUGCCUUUAACAGUGGCAACGUAGAGAGAUUCCAGACGCUGAAGACCGCCUGGGGCCAGCAGCCUGAUUUAGCAGCCAACGAAGCCCAGCUUCUGAGGAAAAUUCAGUUGUUGUGCCUCAUGGAGAUGACUUUCACACGACCUGCCAAUCACAGACAACUCACUUUUGAAGAAAUUGCCAAGAGUGCUAAAAUCACUGUGAACGAGGUGGAGUUGCUGGUGAUGAAGGCGCUCUCGGUGGGUCUGGUGAAAGGCAGCAUUGAUGAGGUGGAUAAACGGGUUCACAUGACCUGGGUGCAGCCCCGAGUGUUGGAUUUGCAGCAGUGCUGCCCUAAAGAAUUAGCUGGAGAUGUACGCCUGGGAUUCCCAAGUGUCCUAACACCCGUGUGGUCCUGGUUUGCCUCAGAUCAAGGGGAUGAAGGACCGCCUGGAAUUCUGGUGCACCGAUGUGAGGAGCAUGGAGAUGCUGGUGGAGCACCAGGCCCACGAUAUCCUCACCUAGUGCCCCCCACCUCACCCAUUUGUGGCAGCUGAGAAGAUCUGCAUUUAAUUGGGGAUGGGGGGUGGGAUUCUGUUUGUGGAGUGGGGACUGUUCUUCCUGCUGUGAAAACAGGACUAUCACUGAUAGGGGGCCUGGCCGUAGAGAGAAGCCUCCUUUGUGGGUUUCUCCCAUAGCCCACAGUGGGGAGGGGUCACGGGUCUCCGGUGACGAGGCGGGCAAGAGUGUGCAUGUGCCCCGAGGAAUGAGAAGGAGUAGCUCUGAAGUGUGUGGGGACACCACUUGGAGGCUCAUCUCCAUUACAUCCACCUGUGUGAACAUCUCUGGUGUCAUAUGAGAAUAUUCCUAUAAUAAACGCCUUUGUUUUGUC